UCGGGAAUAAGAAGAGAAGAAGAAGGAAAGAGUAUUAUCGUUGAGACAGACAUGAGGUUCUCUUUGAUCGUAGGAGUCGCCUUACUCCUGACGAUAGCGACUUCGUCUAUCGUCCAGGCGUGCAAAACAGAACAAACAUGUGGAAAUUUAGGCCCAGGCACUAAUGCGUGCAAAUGCGGAGAAAUAGUGGUGAAAGCAGCAAAGGUACAAAAACCUCUGUUCUACGCAUCGCCGAAAGCAAUCAACGAAGCUGCAGCGGCUCGCGAAGCAAUUGGAACCGAAUACGGGACAUCUUUUCCCAAAUAUAAAUCAUACGCUAGCGGGGCAGCGUUCAGCAGCAGUGGUAGCACCACCAGCAGCCACAGCAGCAGCUCCAGCUCUUCGAGUACUUCGUCUUCUGUCGGACUUCUCGGAGGACUAUUUUCAUCCUUCAAACCUGUCUCGGGUAGCAGAGUUACUUCCAGUUGCGGAUGCGGAAAGACUUCCGAAUCUCUGGAAGCCCGCGAUCUCCUGUCCACUAAUAUUGAGGGAAAAGUCGUGCCUAGUUUUCCACCGAUUGGUGAUUUGUGUUACCCAAAUCCACCCCGCGGUUCGAAAUAUCAGGUGACCACAAAAGUGACACCAGCACACCCAGGUAAAAUCAAAUGUGGUCCUCCCAUCCCUUACGAGGUUUGCGUCCAAAUUCUCAAUGGACAAAUCGAUGAGGCUGGGCUGAAAGAACUCAGCUUGGCAACCGGUGAUGCGAUCGGCGGAAGCGUGUUUGCUAGUGCGAAUAAUCUCGGCGAAUACACUUCGGACGUAGCUAGGCGUAGAUAUGGAGACAGUUUCCGGGGAGGAUACGGAAGUGUCGGUAGCGCAGGCUCGACCGCAUACGGAUACGGAUCGUACGUUGAGGCGAGUGCCGGCGCGGCGGCUGGUACCGGACAAUUCAGAACAAGCGACGUCGAUACGCUCCAAGGAUCAGUUUCUACGAGUCAUACAUCUAGCUGUGAUUUUGGCGAUGAUUCUGAGUUUGUCGAAGAUUAUUCUUAUCCUCGACUGCCAGCGGAUCCGGUUUCGCUUACCCUGGCGUACAAAAAUCUUUUCCCACGCAUGGGAAUGCACUACAAUAGAAGAACAUUCGUGCCGGAAGACAAGUUGGCGUUCGGUCACCGAACCGUGCCGACCGAGUCGACGCCUGGCAAAAAAGUAUCGGAUGUUCCCGAGGAAAAGCUUCAGAUCCUCGAGAAACCCGUUGUGGAGUUGAAGCCGGUAUCAUCGGUUCCCACUACCAUUGGCGUUUACGAUGAGCACGAGGAAGCGAAACUAGCGGAGCUUGAGGCAAUUGAGCGUGAGAGAAUAAAUCAGGAGGAGUUGGCCGAACGGCGGCAAGAGAACUUGAUUACAUAUGGAGACUUGGGAUACGCGCCAAUCGACAGAGUGUUGCCAGGAAGAUCGGGAAGGCCCUUAUCAGCGGGUCCUAUCGGCGUGUUCAACGUGGAAAACGAUAUUGGAACGGAUUGUGGCCCGAUAGGACCACCAGAUCCCGAUUAUGUUCCUGGUGGCAUCGUGAUCGAUCAAGAACUCGUGAAGAGCGAAGGCGAAAUCGAGGAUGAUGACUCGAGAAACAUCGGAGAUUCAGAGAUGUUCGUUCGUCAUUACGCGGGCGAUAGCGACGAGGAAGACGACAGUGACGAUUCCACAUCCGGUAUAUUCGCCAAACUGAAAAGUGUUGCCCGAAAACACGGUUCCCCGUGUGGAGCUGUAUGAAAUACGGUUUUCGGUAAAUACGAAAAAAAAAAAAGAGUAGAAAAGACUCGCCUUAUUGACGGUUCGUGAUUAUCGAGAUGAAUCUUGAUUCUUCUGAUACGCGAAGACGUGGACACCCUCGAAUAUUACACUAGUCCCAGUCCUGUGUCUUUAUGAUUAUUGUUAAGAUAAUAUAGCAGUUAUAUAAGAAUCAAA